AUGUCUUCCCCCUCCGGCUACCAACUAGCAAAGGAACUCUUGGGGCUGGUCCCCAAGCCUACCAACAAGCCGGCCGCCACAGCCGCCACCACCACCACCACCAGCAACAAAGACAGCAACACCAAGAAGGCUGGCAUUCAUAAGCCCGGCACCAGGCCGUCGCCGGCCAAGCGGGCUGGCGUCACCAAGCGCGAGCAGCAGCAGCAGCAGCAGCAGCAGAAGAAGAACAAGAAGAAGAAGAGGCAGGAGCAGAAGCAGAAGCAGAAGCACCAGCACCAGCACCAGAACCAGAACCAGAACCAGCAACCGGCCCGUCAUGGCCAGAGCACCGGUGUCAAGGACGUCGUCCCGGCGUACCGCGACGAAUGUAUCCGGUACAGGUGGGACUGGACGGAGGAAAGCUUCUACGAGCACCGGCUGGCAUCCUUGACGCUUUGGGACCAGAAACGGUGGGGUGGAUUGUGCUAG